CUGUCUGCAAGCAGCAUGGGGAAGGGGGGGAACCAGGGCGAGGGGGCCACCGAUCGCGAGGUGCCGAUGCCCACGUUCAGCUGGGAGGAGAUUCAGAAGCACAACCUGCGUACCGACAGGUGGCUCGUCAUUGACCGCAAGGUCUACAACAUCACCAAAUGGUCCAGCCGGCACCCAGGGGGCCAGCGGGUCAUCGGGCACUACGCGGGGGAAGAUGCUACGGAUGCCUUCCAUGCCUUUCACCGCGACCUUAAUUUCGUGAGCAAGUUCUUGAAGCCCCUGCUGAUCGGCGAGCUGGCCCCGGAGGAGCCCAGCCAGGACCGCGGCAAGAACUCCCAGAUCACCGAGGACUUCCGGGCCCUGAGGAAGACUGCUGAGGACAUGAACCUGUUCAAGAGCAACCACCUGUUCUUCCUCCUCCUCCUGGCCCACGUCAUCGCCAUGGAGAGCAUCGCGUGGUUCACCGUCUCUUACUUCGGCAAUGGCUGGAUCCCAACUGUCAUCACGGCCUGUGUGCUUGCUACCUCUCAGGUCCAAGCUGGAUGGCUGCAACACGACUACGGCCACCUUUCUGUCUAUAAGAAAUCCAUGUGGAACCACUUGGUCCACAAGUUCGUCAUUGGCCACUUAAAGGGUGCCUCGGCCAACUGGUGGAACCAUCGCCACUUCCAGCAUCACGCCAAGCCCAACAUCUUCUACAAGGAUCCAGAUGUGAACAUGCUGCAUGUGUUUGUCCUGGGCGAAUGGCAGCCCAUUGAGUACGGCAAGAAGAAGCUAAAGUACCUGCCCUACAACCACCAGCAUGAAUACUUCUUCCUGAUUGGGCCUCCGCUGCUCAUCCCUACGUACUUCCAGUACCAGAUCAUCAAGACCAUGAUCGUUCGCAAAGACUGGGUGGACCUGGUCUGGGCCAUCAGCUACUAUGCCCGAUUCUUCAUCACCUACGUCCCUUUCUAUGGCAUCCUGGGAGCCAUCCUUUUCCUCAACUUCGUCAGGUUCCUGGAAAGCCACUGGUUUGUGUGGGUCACGCAGAUGAAUCACAUCGCCAUGGAGAUUGACCGCGAGCCGUACCGAGACUGGUUCAGCAGCCAGCUGUCAGCCACCUGCAACGUGGAGCAGUCCUUCUUCAAUGACUGGUUCAGUGGGCACCUCAACUUCCAGAUCGAGCACCACCUCUUUCCCACCAUGCCCCGGCACAACUUCCACAAGGUCGCCCCCCUGGUGAAGUCUCUGUGCACCAAGUAUGGUAUCGAGUACCAGGAGAAGCCACUGCUGAGGGCUCUGCUGGACAUCAUCAAGUCCCUGAAGAAGUCUGGGGAGCUGUGGCUGGACGCCUACCUCCACAAAUGAAGCCGCAGCCCUCGGGGUGCCCAGGGGGAAGGGGGAGCAGGCGGGCGUGAUGGCCCAGGGCGGGGGGGUUUGUUCUGAGGGGUAUCCGUGAGGCUGGGGCUCACAGACCUCAGUUUUGGUCUUUCUCUUGUUUUCUCUCCUUUUCCCCUUCACUUCUCCCUCCAGCCCCCUCUCUGUCUGCCUGGCUUCUCCCUGCCGCCUCCCAGCCCCUUCCCCCAGGAGCAGAGAGAGAGGAGACUCCAUGCCUCCUCCACCCUCUGCCAGACCAGAGGUCCACAGAAGUGGCCUGUGACCUCCCUGGCAGCCCGGCCUCCAGGCCUCACUCGGCCCCCUUUUCUCCCUCAGAUGCUCUUGAGGUCCGUGGGGCUGGGUCCUGUCCUACUCGGGCAAGAUGGCUCCCUGAGCCUGCAGGCCUGGCUCUACCCUUUGACGGCCACACACCGUCCACCCUUUCGUGGGAGGGUGUCCUUCCCACCGCUAGAUCGGUACUUGGGCCUCCCCGCGGGUGGCACCUUCUCUUCAGAUGUCCAGGGCCACAGCCCCGAUUCCAGGCUUCCUUUGCCUGCAGUGCAGCCAGCUCAGAACUCGGGGCCCUGAGAAGUGACCUCCUCGCCCCGCUGGAGCCCACUGACCCAGGGCUUCUGCAGUUCCAUGCCCCCCACCUUCCACCGUCUUCCCGACGCCAGAGCCAGUGACCUUGGGGUCCAAGCGAGCAGUCUUGGAGGUGGGCUCAGCAGAAGCAAUGACCAGGUUGGGGGGUCAGCUGGCCUGCAGGCUCAGCCCUGUCCCCCCCCCCCCCCGCCUCCCCCCCCCCCCCCCCCCGUUCUGCUGUUGGUUCUGGUUGGAAGGCCCAGGAUUCUGGAGCAAUCGGACCCUUCUCUGAAGUGCUCUGUUACCUGCCAGGCAGUGCCAGCCGGUCCCUGGUCACUUGACCCGAGCAAUCUUGGGACCUACAGGCUGCAGGAGGGCGCUGGAGGGCUCCUCACAGCCCCUCCCCAUGUCAGGGCUGCCAGCGGAUGUCCUUUCUCACUGUCUUCCGCUCUCUCGUGUCUUUUACUGUUUUUUAACCUUUUGCUACAGGAUACUUUGUGACGGGGGGUGGCAGCGGGGCUGGGCCUUGUGACAAUCUGCCUUUUACCACCUGCCCCUCGCAGCCUCCCUCAGGCCCUGGCGGUGGGCUGAGCUGGGCUCACUCACUGAGGCCACGGUGGCCCUGACUGUCAGGAGGGCAAUGGGGGCAGAGAGGGAGGGAGUCUCAGAGGAGGUGAUGCUGAGGAGCGGGGGGAUUAGGGGGGACCUGAUGAAGGCCAAGUGGGAACUGGGAUAAGGAGGAAUUUGGGGCUGAGGGGAGUGGAAAGUGAGAGGGGAGGGAGGGGAGCCCGCCGCCACUGGCAGGGUGCAGAGUUGCCGCAUUCCGAGAUCUAACCCACUAAUCACUAUUUAGCUUCAGGGGAGGGCGGGGCAGGAAUGAACUCAGAGUGGGCGCCUUUGGGGGAGGGCUUCUAGCCCCCCCCCGGCUCUGGCCAGCUGGGAGGGACCAGCAUCUAGUGGACAGACCUUCGGGUUGCCAUGGCAACGUGGGCCCUCCAGCUGAGAACACGCCGGCUGAGGAGCUGCUGUCUCUCCCCAGAGGCAGAAUGGAUCCACAGGGAACUGAUCUUAAUUUUUAUCUUGUUGUUCCCCCAUCGCUCCAUUUUUUGGAAAUAAAAGAAGUGAUUUUAUUCUCACUGCCUUGA